AUGGUUAAAAAUAAGGCCUAUAAUACCGCUACUAUCAAUGCUUUAAAUGCUAUAAGUGCCCCCGAUGCUAUCUUUGGUAUAAUUGAUCUAAACGAUGUAAAUUCUGAAUAUGUUGUAGAUCCAAAAUUAAAAUCUAAAAUUACCAAAGCAAUAUUAGAGUAUUGCUUCGAUAAAAACCCAUUCCCAGACUCCAUCGAGAAAGAGAUCAUCGCCUGCCAAUUAGAAAUGAAUGUCAGUCAAGUCGUCACAUGGUUCAAACACAAGAGGGAAAACUUAAGGAAAUCUAACAAUACAUCUUACAAAGAUUCAUAUGUCUCAAAGUUUUCUAGAAACACCAACGAGUUAAACUUUUUCUUCCACAAUUACCCAUUUCCCGCUGAAGAGAACAUUGCGUACUUUGCAUUAAUCUAUGGUGUUACCAAAGAAAAGAUCAAAAUAUGGUUCAAAUCUAAAAGAAACAGCAAGAAAACAACACAUAUAUUCAUUGGCAAUGGUAUCGUCGAUAAAUCUUCAUACAAUCCAAGCCGUCAUCUUGGUAAUUUCUAUCAUUUCUAUGAACACGAAUAUGAUGUUAAUACUGAUACAGUUCCAGAGGGUGAAUAUAAACCAAAACGUAUUAAAACUUUUGACAAUGGAGUUUACUCUAUUACCAACAUCUCAGAAUCCAAAAAGAGAGAUCUUUUAAUCCAAAGAAGAAAAAGGGAUCAAAAAACUUUAGAAUUAAAUGAAAAAACAAAUCAAGAUGAUACUGCUACUACUACUGCUGCUACUACUACUACUACUACCACCACUGCUGCCACAAAGAAGAUAGCUACCCAAAAUCCAAUUCAAUCGAACGAUAAUGUUUGCUUUUUUAACAAUAACAAUGUUAAUAUCUAUAAUAAUAAUAAUAAUGAUAUUAAUAAUAGUAAUAAUAAUAAUAAUAACAAACAUAUCACUGUUUUAGAGGAUUUUGUCGGUUUUAGAUCUUAUAAUAGAGCUGCACCAUUUAAUCAUUUGUCCAAUCAAAAUAAUAUUUUUAAUAAUAACAUCGGUAAUAAUAGUAUUAAUAGUAUUAAUAAUAAUAACAACUGUAAUUAUUCAUUCAAUAAUACCACUCAUAAUAUAAAUAAUAUGAAUAUGAAAAUGAAUAAUAGUUACAAUUAUACCUACAAUCCAAACUUUAAUUCAUAUUCCAAUUACUAUAAAACAAAUAUUGAUACUACAAAUAUGACAAAGCUUUCCAAUGAUGUCAAUUUAAAUAUCAACAGAAACAUUGUUUUUGAUACUAUUCCAGACAAUAAUAUUAAUAAUGGUGUUAUCAGUUAUAAUUAUAAUAUGAAUAAUAAUAAUAAUAUGAAUAACAAUAUGAAUAAUAAUAAUAAUAAUAAUAUGAAUAAUAAUAAUAUGAAUAAUAAUAUGAAUAAUAAUAAUAUGAAUAAUAAUACAUCUAAUAACAUUGACAAUUCAAACAAAAAAUUAUUAAUCAGUUUUUUAGUCAAUAACAAAUAA